AAACACGCAGCUAGGGAGUAUUGCAUCAUUAUUUUUUCGACGUUCGGAUUAUAACGUUCACCCUUUCUCGCUCGCCAAUUGUGUUUUGACGUCUUCUAUUCAUACGACACCACAUCAGCUGUGAAAAAAGCUCCGUCGCAAAAUGUCAAUUUUUGAUACCUUUUUUCAAAAAUUAUUUGGCCGUCGAAACAAUCAUCAACCACCGAAUCAAGAUUUUGAAGAUCAUCGCCAAUAUGGAGAUCGGUUCCGAAAUCCAAUUUGGCAAACAGACGACGAUGACGACGAUGAAGCAGGUGACUUCAGGCAUCCUGGAACAGGAAUGCAUUUCAGUGUAUUUUCCGAUCCUGUUGAAAUGACACGUUAUUUUGAAUCACAAAUGGACAAUAUGCUGAAGAAUUUCUUUCACGGAUUUGGUCAGGGAUUCGGCAAUGCCAUUGAAAACUUUGAAGAUAAUGGUUCUUUGCCUGCCCUCCCGGCACCUCAGCCAAAGAGUUUGAGAGAAAGUUUUCUAAAGCCAGGAUAUGAAUAUCCACAGUCCAAAGAAUCAGGUGCUCCAAAAUUAGAUCAUGACUUGGAUGGCCAACUAAGCGCUGCGGAUCUCACUAAAGUUUGGAAAGAGCCGGACUCUGUGGAACCCAGACAAUCGCAAAUGCCACAUAGUCAAUUUUCCUUCCGUUCUUUUGGAAAAUCUAUGUCCACUCAAAUGAUCCGACAACCUGAUGGAACCAUAGAACAAAGACAAACGAUCACUGACAGCGAUGGCAACACGGAAACUAUUAUAACUCGACAAUUUGGGGACAAAACGCACACAAUUAAAACUCGAAGAGACAAGAAUGGUGUUGAAACGAAAACCGAAGAUUUGAUCAACCUGGAUGAAAAUCAAUUGGCCGAUUUUGAAAAAAAAUGGCAGCCCGUCGAGGGUCCGAAAAUCGAAUCUGGCACUUUAAGUUCCUUCCCAUGGCACAAAUACUUCAAUUUCAAUCCAAAGUUGUAGUGAAAAUAAACGACGAGGGAUAGCUUGAUAAAAAGGAGAAAGAAAUCUGAAUUGUUACUCAAAUGUACGAUAGUUUUGUCAUAUUUCUGAACUUUGACGAAUUCUUGUAGUUACCGAAUUCGAUCAAGAUUUAAAAAAUAUAUUUCCAUAAUAAAAAGAGUGAAAUGGAAUAAAUUAUGUGUCAAGUUUCCAACCGUAAAUUCAUUUUUAUUUAUUGUAUAUAGUUAUAUACUGUACACGGAACAUAUGUAUAUAUACAGUCUAAUAAAUAUAAUUCUAUGCGCAACUGGGCCAUUUAAAAAGAA